AUGCCGACCUUUGACUGUCCACCACCAUUCGACGAGUAUUACUGCCUCAACGGCGGGCGUUGCUUGGCCGAUUCCACCAGCGAAGGAGGGUUCGCACCGUUCUGUCAAUGUCAAGUCAACUUCUCCGGCCCGCGAUGUCAGAACACGUUGAAUCCCAACGUCUACGGGUUCGCAACAGUCGGAUUGGACUCACCAGUUAGACAGUACAUGGUAUUGUCGAUGUUGUUGGUCGCGUUUAUAAUCGUCUCGAUGGGGUGCCUUUGGUAUUUAUGUAGAAGGUAAGUUUUUGAUGUUUUUCUGUUGAUUUUUAGGUGGAAGCAUGGAGUAAGAGGGCUACAGAGGAAAGAAGAGGGUGUGUUCUUUUAGCUACGGUGGUUUUUGGCAGUAAUUUUGAGAAAAGAAAAAUCCUUUCCCAAAUUUUUGAGUAUUGUACCUAAAAUAAGAUGAAAAUUGUUGAAUACAUCAAACAUGUGCUCUUUUUUGCCGGUUUUUUGUUUGAUUCAGCUGUAACAUUCUCUUUUCUUCCUUUGACAACUAUUUUGACUUACGUUUCAUUUUGAUUUUCCCUCAAUUUACCUUCUUCUUGCAGCAGAGAUCGACAAGACAACGAGACAGUAACAUUCAUCAGUACCCGGCCGUUGUCCACGGAUGGAUCAGCUCAAACGUCGAGGUCGUCAGUUUUUACGGUAUAA